GGCGCCGGGGGCGCGCGCGCCCGCCAGGCCCCGCCCCCGCCGGCGCGCGCGCGCCCGCAUGCAAAUGAGCCCGGGGAGCGCCGCGGGCGGCGGGCGGCGCGCGUGCGCAGAGGCGCCGAGGCUGCACCUUCCCGGCCGCGGUGGCAACUGCACCCCGAGGUGCGGCGCGGGGGCCUGGCGAGCGUGCACGCCGCGGGGGGCGCGUCGGCGCGACUGUCGCCCGGGAGGAAAGAUGUUCGGUUUCCACAAGCCAAAGAUGUACCGGAGUCUCGAGGGCUGCUGUAUCUGCAGGGCCAAGUCGUCCAGCUCGCGGUUCACGGACAGCAAGCGCUACGAGAAGGACUUCCAGAGCUGCUUCGGGUUGCACGAGACCCGCUCGGGAGACAUCUGCAACGCCUGUGUGCUGCUGGUGAAACGCUGGAAGAAGCUGCCCGCGGGCUCCAAGAAGAACUGGAACCACGUGGUGGACGCGAGGGCAGGCCCCAGUCUGAAGACGACCUUGAAGCCAAAGAAAGUGAAGCCGCUGCCGGGCAGCAGGAUGAAGAGCAGCCAGAUGAGCAAGCUGCAGAAGGAGCUCAAACGCCACAACUCCGACGCCCACAGCACCACCUCCAGUGCCUCCCCCGCCCAGUCCCCCUGCUACAGCAACCAGUCGGACGAAGGCUCCGACACGGAGUUGCCUUCUGGCUCCAGCAGGACGCCCGAGUUCUCCUUCCUGGAUCUCACCUACUGGAAACGGCAGAAGGUGUGCUGCGGGAUCAUCUACAAAGGCCGGUUCGGGGAGGUCCUCAUCGACACCCACCUCUUCAAGCCCUGCUGUGGCAACAAGAAGGCGGCGGCCGAGAAGCCCGAGGCGCCCGGGCCGGAGCCGCUGCCCGCGCCCCCGCAGGAGUGGUGA